AUGUCUCGCCAGCACCAAGACGCCCCUCUCCGCGCCUCUCGCGCGGUGAGCCAAAAAAACGGAACCCAAGACAACAAGUUCCAAAAAAACAAAAACAAAAAAAACAACGCCAACACCGGCACCACCACCAGCACCGGCACCAGCACCAGCACCAGCACCAACAAGCGUCACAUCUCAGAUGUGUCGUUCGGGCAGCUCUUCUGCGACGAGGCGGAUCAAUGCCUCACGAUCCUCCCCCUGGGCCGUGGACACUCGGCCCAAACGCAGCUGGUGCACAGCACUCGCCUCGGCGAGAGCUGUGUUCGAAAGACGCUGUACUACAGCGCCCGGGAGCCGUCGAUGCCCCGCGAAAAAUACGGCCGGUUCAAAACGAUCCUCGCCGACGAGUUCGACCGCGACGCCAAGUUCGCCCACGAGCUCCACGCUGCCGCCGCGGGGAUGGGCUACCCGCUCCGUGUACCUCGCGUACUCGGUGCGGGCACCAAAUCGACGGCCGACGGAGGCAAGGUCUCCUACUGGGAGCCUUGCAACGGCGGCACGCUCUGGGGCUUCCUGGACCGUUGCCGCCGCGAAGGGUUCGUGAUCCCGCAAGGGUUCGCUCUGCACAUUCUGCUGCAGAUUCUGGAGACGCUGGACUUCUUCUACACCGGCCUCCAGAAGGAAAACCUGCACGCCAACAACAUCAUGUUGCACUUCACUCCGGGUCAGUUUGUCCCGGAGGUCCGCAUCAUCGAUUUUGGCCAGGCCACACACUUCCCUGUUGGACCCGGCGACCCGACCAACAGCCUCAAACGACAUGGGGUUGUCCACUGGGACAUCCCCAACAUCGUGAAGCUCUUGGAAGCACACCUGAUUCCUCAGACCCUGCUGCGACCCGCGUACCAUAGGGUGCAGGUGAUCGCGUCUCAGCAGCGCCUCACCCUCGGAUGCCUGGUACGCAGCAUCAUCCUCACGAAUGCAGUCAAGAAAAUGAACAAGCUCGACGAAAUGAAAAACGCCGACAACAACAACAACAACGACGUCGACGGGCAAGACCCAGUCGUCGUCGACCAACAAAACAAUCAACGAGAAAACGGUCGGGGCCGCAACCGCCCCGACCUCUUCAAACAAUACUAUGCCGGCAUCAAACGCCAUUACCGGCAUCCAACCUUUCCCGGCCAAAACCAAGUCCCGGACGAGAAACUGGACCCGGACCUACAGGCAUGGCAUCAGCGCCGUGCCUGCCCGGACCCUCUCCACGUUGCCUUCCACAUGCUCAACGAUCUGCACCAGCAGUUCACCGAUCGCAUGACAGAAGCCAUCCUGGAGGCCACACAACCCCCCAACGCCAAAGGGCUCAUCGACGCCUUCCCCGUCCCGUCUUUGCGACCCAUCAUCAACUUCCUCCGGUCCGUCACGCCGGCGCAACUGCGGCCGGUCGUGACGGGUCGGGUCCGCACCGAUGUUGGGGAGCUGAGUCGAUUCCGCGAGCUCAUGCUCGGGCCGCACGGGGCCAAGGCCCUGGAGCGGUUCGGGACUACACGCAGACCUAUCUUCCCAACCCUGCGCGAGCUCGCGGAAUGGCUGGACGAGAAUAAUCUAGCCGCCGGGGUAGGCUUGGGGGGAGUCAGCAACCCUCCCCCCGAUGCGACAAAAUCUUGGGGGGUGGCGAUGAUUGUGAGGAGAAGGAUACCCGGUGAUUGGGUGCAGUUGGAGAUUGGGAGGGUGCUGAAAGCGAGGGUUUGCAUGGAUAUCUUAAAGGAGCUUUAUCCCAAUCGGAACUGGGAUGAUGAUGGGGAUGAUGAUGAUGACGAAGAAACAGAAUCAGAAGAAGAAGGAGAUGAUGAUGAAGAAGAGUACGAUGAUGGCGAGGAGUGUGACGAUGAAGAGGAGUUUGAUGAUGAAGCUGAUAUGAUGGACAUUGACAAACCCGGGGACAGCGGGUAUGCAGCAGUUGCUAAGAGUGAUGACUCAAUCCUGUAA